AAUGGCCUACUUUGGACGCUUGGUUGUAGGUACUAUAACAUGUAUCGUUUAUACAAACGUUUCAUAGAUGUUAAUUGGGAAACUUCUGAGAAAUGGUUGCGUAUGAGUAAGACUUAAUAUGAAGUGGUAAAAAUCCGGUUAGUAAACUUUAUUCUCCUUGCGGAUAAAUAUCUGGAUAUAUCUCUUAUUUCAAAUAAAUAAAAAAUAAAUAAUCAUCGCGUUGAAGGUUUUUGGGUCAAAUCUUCUCGUUCUUUCUUCUAACUAGCUUAAUCCACUUCUUUGUGGACAAACACAACACAACUUUUUGAAAGUUGUUUAAAGUUCAUUAAAUUUUCCUUUUAGUUCUCAAUAGCAUUGUAAUGCAGUAAUGACGAUCGAGUAAAUCGGGAAAUAUAUUACCUAAAGAGUAGGGUUCCCGAUUCGAAGGAACAGCUUUGUUGAAAAAAUUAUAAGGGAACAAAAAAAUAUAUAUAUUCGCCAACCAGAGUCGUCCGCAACGUAAGUGUGGUUCUAACAAUACACAAUAACAAAUCGUUUAACAACAUUUUAGUUUUAAUGGGCCGACCCAACUAGCAUUAAUCUGUGAGAUGUAUUAGGUUUAAUAAGAAACACGGUUUGUGGGAAGCCACGUUAGCAUUUGGAAGCACUGUGGAAGAUAUUUUUGGAUGUUAGCCUAUCAAAGAAGACUUUUAAUUGAGUGACGUGAUGGUAAUGACGGUUUAAAUUAAAGGAAUAUUAAGAAGUGUUUUUUCAUGUCAGAAAGUAAGUAAUGAUGAUACUGUAGCCCUAUGUAGCCUGCAAACAUUUAAUGUGGAGAUAUCGGUGAGAUUUGCCGAUUUAACCUACAACUACAGGUUGCAACCGGUUGUCUUCCAGUGUAAUUUGCUUUAUAUAGGGGGUCUCACAAAUAUACUUUACAUCACCAAAGAAAGCUACAAACACCGGAUAGUAGGACAGGAAUCUGAACCUAACUGAAAUUUACUGCAAGUGAAUUUUAUCUUUCGGCUUCUAAAAAGGUUAAUGAUAUUUUCUAGAACACAACGUUAUAUUUUAUUACAAAUUAGGGUUAGAUGAAACAUCAUCUCAGUAAGAUGAACAUUAUCUCCACUGUUACAAUUUUUAAUUCUCUUCUCCUUGCCUACAAACUACAGAUGUCUCGUCUCGUUCAUGUAAUGAAGGGUCAAUGGAGAAAAAUGCUUGCAGGCGUUUGGAGAUUCGAGCAUGAUCCUGCGUUUCCAGCACAUGCUAUUCUGGUUGGCAAGACAGACCAUGUGGAAGCUGUGAAGGGGAUGGUGAGAGGAGUUUUUAAACUCCGAGCUGAAACUCCUCUCCUCCUAACCUUCCACCUCCCACCUUGGAUGCUGGAGCCGGAAGGAGCUACAAGCCCACCGCAAAACAUUGUCACAAACGCAGACGUUAAGAUGAUGAUCUGCGUUCACGAGUGGAACACUGAACCUCGACUUUGUGUAAUAUUCGGGGCAGAAGAUGUGGCCACCUACCAGUUCAGAUGCAGAUCUCCAUUCGCCAUUGGCCGUAGACAUUUUCUUGGCGACGGGGUGACGGAGGAGCAACACAUGGCACUUGUUUUGGAUGUGAUAAGAGUUAACGAGAUUCUGUGUAGUCAGAGCGUGAUGAGCGAGGUUUUCGACGAGGAUGAAAUGGUGCUGCUAUACCGCUUCUCGCUUGAGAUUGAAAAAGCCAAAAACAGUCUAGACCUAAAUUUGGGUCCCACUGUUGAAAAUGGAGAUCACAUUGUCCCCACUGCUUCCCGUACAUGGACUAUGAAUCGUGUUGCUGCCCCUUUAGGUAGGAUGUAUGCGGGCAACGGUUUUGAGGUUGGUAACGGCAGCGGUGGUGGACAACUCAGGGCAUCAGACCCUUCCCAUGCCUACGAUCCAACCAUCAACUUCCCCAGUUUGAAACCGUGGAAGUCAGACCUGACUAUUGGGAAAGCUUGAUGUCAUCAAGCUAUGCAGUGCAGUUGCAAAGGAUUUAUGGAGUUACGGAUUCAGAAUACGUUGGUUACGGACAUAACGAUCUCCAUAUUGUACCUUCUAAUGAUCCCGCAGUUCCAAGAAACCGCAUACCAAUUCCGGUUUCCUCAAACAGUUCCUCGACGAAUGUGAAACCCAUCGGCGAAACUGGCGCAAGCAUGACAUUCAACAGGGCAGGCCCAAGUGCUUUGGACAAGUGUGGCUAUAUUGAGAAAGGAGAAUUCUCAAGGCAGGUCAAGUUGGAAACAACUGGAGAUGGGGCACCUGAAACAAACACUAACGCCAUGGACAAUGGGCCAUGAGACGAGGGAAACAACGGAGGAGAUGAAGGUGACGUUUGAAGGGUUCAACUGUAACAAAGUUUAUGGAUGUUAAGGAAGUUUGUUGUAUUUUCUAUGUUUGCGGAGUCCCCAUAUGUUUAAUAUUUUGGAGGGGUUGGGGAAGGGGUAAUGGCUAUGACCUAAGAUGGUAUUUUAUGUAAGAUAUUUAGUAUGGGGUUCGGAACGAUUGCAUAAGGCAGGUGUUAUGUAAAAUAUUCCAAGUAAACUUUGU